UGGGGGAGUGGAGGUGAAGCUUGUUCUGCUGCUAAACUGAAGUGACUAUUUGCAGGUCAGAGGGACAUGGAUAAAUGUUUGGCCCUCAUUCUUCUGUCCACAAUCUCACUCACCAUAGCUGACAGUGUGAGGUUGGUGGAUGGUGACAGUGGCUGUGCUGGGAGAGUGGAGGUUCUUCAUAAUAAUCAGUGGGGAACAGUGUGUGAUGAUGACUGGGAUAUAACAGAUGCUGCAGUGGUGUGUAGAGAGCUGAGCUGUGGAGAUGCUGUAAAUGUACUGAGUAGAGCUCACUUUGGACCAGGAUCAGGACCAAUCUGGAUGGAUGACGUGGGAUGUAAUGGAUCAGAGUCUACACUAAAGACCUGUAAAUCACCAGAUUGGGGUGAACAUAACUGUGGUCAUGGUAAAGAUGCUGGAGUCAUUUGUUCAGGAGGAGUCAGAGUGGUUGGUGGUUCUCGCUGCUCUGGGAGAGUGGAGGUGCUUCAUGGAGAGACCUGGUCCACAGUGUGUGAUGUUGACUUUGACCAGCAGGAUGCAGAGGUUGUGUGUCGAGAGCUGGGCUGUGGGCUUCCUGUGGAGGUGCUGGGAGCAGCUGUUUUUGGCAGAGGGGAGGGUCAGGUGUGGUCAGAGGAGCUUCAGUGUAGAGGCAACGAAUCGCAGAUUCACUUCUGUCCAUCAUCUUCACUCAAACACAACUGCACCCAUGAUAAUGAUGUGGGGCUGGUGUGUUCUGUCAGUGUGAGGUUGGUGGAUGGUGAUAGUCGCUGUGAUGGGAGAGUGGAGAUUCUUCACAGAGGACAGUGGGGAACAGUGUGUGGUUUUAACUGGGAUAUGAGAGAUGCUACAGUGGUGUGUAGAGAGCUGGGAUGUGGAGAGGCUCUACAUGCACUGAGCAAUGGUUAUUUUGGACCAGGAUCAGGACCAAUCUGGAUGAAUAAUGUUUAUUGUAGUGGAUCAGAGUCUACACUGAAGAACUGUAUUUAUCCAGGAUGGGGUAAACAUUACUGUGAUCAUAAUAAAGAUGCUGGAGUCAUUUGUUCAGGAAGAAUUAAGCUGAUCAGUGGUUCUCGCUGCUCUGGGAGAGUGGAGGUGCUUCAUGGAGUGACCUGGUCCACAGUGUGUGAUGCUGACUUUGACCAGCAGGAUGCAGACUUUGUAUGUCGAGAGCUGCGCUGUGGACUUCCUGUGGAGGUGCUGGGAGCAGCUGCUUUUGGCAGAGGGGAGGGUCAGGUGUGGUCAGAGGAGCUUCAGUGUAGAGACAACGAAUCUCAGAUUCACUUCUGUACAACAUCAUCUUCACUCAAAUACAACUGCUCCCAUGACAGUGAUGUGAGACUGGUGUGUGCUGACAGUGUGAGGUUGGUUGAUGGUAGCAGUCGCUGUGCUGGGAGAGUGGAGGUUCUUCAUAGAGGACAGUGGGGAACAGUGUGUGGUGAUGGCUGGGAUAUGAGAGAUGCUGCAGUGGUGUGUAGAGAGCUGGGUUGUGGACAUGCUGUAGAUGCACUGAGCGAUGCCCAAUUUGGACCAGGAUCAGGACCAAUCUGGAUGAAUAAUGUGGACUGCAGUGGAUCAGAGUCCACACUGAAGAACUGUAGAUCAAGAGGAUGGGGUAAACAUAACUGUGAUCAUUCUAAAGAUGCUGGAGUCAUUUGUUCAGGAGUCAGGCUGGUUGGUGGUUCUCGCUGCUCUGGGAGAGUGGAGGUGCUUCAUGGAGAGACCUGGUCCACAGUGUGUGAUGCUGACUUUGACCAGCAGGAUGCAGAGGUUGUGUGUCGAGAGCUGGGCUGUGGGCUUCCUGUGGAGGUGCUGGGAGCAGCUGCUUUUGGCAGAGGGGAGGGUCAGGUGUGGUCAGAGGAGCUCCAGUGUAGAGGCAAUGAAUCUCAGAUUCACUUCUGUCCAACAUCAUCUUCACUCAAACACAACUGCACCCAUGAUAAUGAUGUGGGGCUUGUGUGUUCUGGAAGAAUCAAGCUGAUUGGUGGUUCUCGCUGCUCUGGGAGAGUGGAGGUGCUUCAUGGAGAGACCUGGUCCACAGUGUGUGAUGCUGACUUUGACCAGCAGGAUGCAGAGGUUGUGUGUCGAGAGCUGGGCUGUGGGCUUCCUGUGGAGGUGCUGGGAGCAGCUGCUUUUGGCAGAGGGGAGGGUCAGGUGUGGUCAGAGGAGCUCCAGUGUAGAGGCAAUGAAUCUCAGAUUCACUUCUGUCCAACAUCAUCUUCACUCAAACACAACUGCUCUCAUGACAGUGAUGUGGGUCUGGUGUGUGCUGACAGUGUGAGGCUGGUGGAUGGUGGCAGUCACUGUGCUGGGAGAGUGGAGGUUCUUCAUAGAGGACAGUGGGGAACAGUGUGUGAAUUCAGCUGGGAUAUGAGAGAUGCUGCAGUGGUGUGUAGAGAGCUGGGCUGUGGAGAGGCUGUAGCUGCACUGAGUAGAGCUCACUUUGGACCAGGAUCAGGACAAAUCUGGAUGGAUUAUGUGAGUUGUAGUGGAUCAGAGUCCACACUGAAGAACUGUGGAUCAGCAGGAUGGGGUAAACAUAACUGUGAUCAUGGUUUAGAUGCUGGAGUCAUCUGCUCAGGUCCCAGAAAGUCCAGACUUACUGAUGGUUUCCACUUGUGCUCUGGGAGAGUGGAGGUGCUUCAUAGACAGACCUGGUCCACAAUGUGUGAUGCUGACUUUGACCAGCAGGAUGCAGAGGUUGUGUGUCGAGAGCUGGGCUGUGGGCUUCCUGUGGAGGUGCUGGGAGCAGCUGCUUUUGGCAGAGGGGAGGGUCAGGUGUGGUCAGAGCAGCUUCAGUGUAGAGGCAACGAAUUUCAGAUUUCCUUCUGUCCAACAGCAUCUUCACUGAAACAUAACUGCUCCCAUGACAGUGAUGUGGGCCUGGUUUGUGCUGGUCACACUCAGGCUCGACUGGCGAACGGCUCUGACUCCUGUUCUGGUCGAGUGGAGCUCCAGUACCUCAGUGAGUGGGGCACAGUGUGUGAUGUUAACUGGGAUAGUAGAGCUGCCAGUAUCCUCUGUGGUCAGCUGAAGUGUGGGAGUACUGUGGCUGUGUUGGGGUCAGACUGGUUUGGGGAGGGGACUGGCCAGAUCUGGGCUGAAGUGUUUGAUUGUCAGGGGAACGAAACACACCUGUCAAAAUGUCCCAUUUCAUCAUGGAGUCGAGCUGCAUGCUCUCAUAAACAGGAUGCUGGAGUCGUCUGCAGUGGUUCCUCUCUGGCAUUUCAUGAGGGGCGAGUGCGGUUGUCUGGAGGGAUGGAGUGUGAGGGGGAGGUGGAGGUGUACUUCAGGCAGGACUGGAGGAGAGUUCUGCUGGACUCCUGGAGUGAGUCUGUGGCCUCUGUGGUCUGCAGACAGCUGGGCUGUGGCUCUGUGCUCAACUUCUUCAGCUCUUCUACAUCCAGUCCUGAACACAGUCACAUGUGUGUGAUGGGGUUCAGUUGUUCGGGGAGUGAAGCUCAUCUGGGGAACUGCAGCAGCGCACAAGCAGUCGACUGCAGCUCCAGAGAACAGCUGUCAAUCACCUGCUCUGGUAAGUUUAAUUCAGCUCAUAGCUCCAUCAGGCUGGUUGGUUCUGGGGGAGACUGUGCAGGAAGGCUGGAGGUUUUCCACAGUGGCUCAUGGGGGACCGUUUGUGGUGACUUGUGGGAUAUUGAGGAUGCGCAGGUGGUCUGCAGACAGCUACAGUGUGGAGUCGCCCUCAGUGCUCUGGUACCAGCCUGGUUUGGACCAGGAACUGGACCCAUAUGGCUGAAUGAGGUGGAGUGUGAGGGGAACGAGACGUCCCUGUGGAACUGCACAUUUCAGCUGAGUGGAGAGGAUGAAUGGGGACACGAGGAGGACGUAGGAGUCAUGUGCUCAGAGUUUAAAGAGGUCAGACUCACUGAGGGCUGUGAGGGGAAUCUGGAAGUGUUCUACAAUGGAACCUGGGGUAAUGUGUGUGUAAAUGGGAUGGAUGAAGAAACAGUGAGUUUAAUCUGUCAAGAGCUGAACUGUGGAAGAUCUGGCAGUGAGUCUUGGGCCAAAGCAAGAGUGGAAUCAGCUCCUAACUGGCUGGACAAUCUGAAAUGUAGGAGACACGACUCCACUCUGUGGCAUUGUCCAUCUUCACCCUGGAGACAGAACAACUGUAAUAAAGACAAUGAGGUGGCUUGGAUUACCUGCUCAGGAGUUGAAAAUGAUCGUGUGUUAAGAAGUCGUCUGAAAUGCUCCUCAUCUGCCCAUCACAGACAGUGUUCAAAUCACCUGCCUCUCAGGCUGAGGGGAGGAAAGGGAAUCUGCUCAGGGAGGCUGGAGGUGUAUCAUAAUGCUGAGUGGGGGUCCAUCUGUGAUGAUCUGUGGGACAUCAGGGAUGCUCAGGUGAUCUGUAGGCAGCUGGGCUGUGGGCCGGCGCUGAGUGCUGAUGGGAGUGCUGUCUUUGGUGCUGGUGAAGGGCCUAUCUGGCUGAGCAGAGUGAAGUGUAGAGGGAAUGAGAUUCACCUGUGGGACUGUCCUCAUUCCCUGAAGAACCAUACUGACUGCUCCCACAAGCAGGAUGCUGGAGUCACCUGUGCAGACAUUUCUACUACUCCACUUGUAAUAACAGCCACCACCUCCAACACCACAGUUGGUCAGACAGUGAAGGGAACAAACACUCCUCCACAAACUCCUCCAGCAGCUGUUCCGUUCAUUUAUCCAGCGUCUCUCCUGGUUCUGGGAGCGGUGCUCUUCCUGGCCUUAGUGCUUCUGGUUGUGCUGUUUUACCAGAACAGAGUGCUCAGGAGAGGCCUCUCUAAGAGGAUGGAGAACAUAGUCUAUGAGGAGAUUUACUGCAGAUUCAAUACUGCAAGAGCCACUCAAAGGGGAAGUCUCCUCUCUGAAGCACAUCAUUCAGGAUAUGAGGAAGUGGAUGAGGAGCUCCUCUCAGGAAGUGUCCUCUCUGAGGAACAGCAUUCAGGAUAUGAGGAUGUGGAUGAGGAGCUUCUCUCAGCAAAGUCUCUGACUGGAGUGAAAUCAGAAUAUGAUGAUGUCACCACCAGUGGUCUGAUAUGUGAAGCAGAAAAAGACGACAUAGCAGAUAACUAUGAUGAUGUCAUCACCGCUAGACAGAUCUCUGGGAGUGUCAUAGAGGACGUAGCAGAUAAUUAUGAUGAUGUCAUCACUGCAGAUCAGAGCUCAGCUGUUGUAACAGAAGACAUGACAGAUAACUAUGAUGAUGCUGUUACUGCUGGACCAAACUCCAACAUUAUGACAGGAAGUGUCCUCUCUGAGGAACAGCAUUCAGGAUAUGAGGAUGUGGAUGAGGAGCUUCUCUCAGCAAAGUCUCUGACUGGAGUGAAAUCAGAAUAUGAUGAUGUCACCACCAGUGGUCUGAUAUGUGAAGCAGAAAAAGACGACAUAGCAGAUAACUAUGAUGAUGUCAUCACUGCUAGACAGAUCUCUGGGAGUGUCAUAGAGGACGUAGCAGAUUAUGAUGAUGUCAUCACUGCAGAUCAGAGCUCAGCUGUUGUAACAGAAGACAUGACAGAUAACUAUGAUGAUGCUGUUACUGCUGGACCAAACUCCAACAUUAUGACAGGAAGUGUCCUCUCUGAGGAACAGCAUUCAGGAUAUGAGGAUGUGGAUGAGGAGCUUCUCUCAGCAAAGUCUCUGACUGGAGUGAAAUCAGAAUAUGAUGAUGUCACCACCAGUGGUCUGAUAUGUGAAGCAGAAAAAGACGACAUAGCAGAUAACUAUGAUGAUGUCAUCACUGCUAGACAGAUCUCUGGGAGUGUCAUAGAGGACGUAGCAGAUUAUGAUGAUGUCAUCACUGCAGAUCAGAGCUCAGCUGUUGUAACAGAAGACAUGACAGAUAACUAUGAUGAUGCUGUUACUGCUGGACCAAACUCCAACAUUAUGACAGGAAGUGUCCUCUCUGAGGAACAGCAUUCAGGAUAUGAGGAUGUGGAUGAGGAGCUUCUCUCAGCAAAGUCUCUGACUGGAGUGAAAUCAGAAUAUGAUGAUGUCACCACCAGUGGUGAAGCAGAAAAAGACGACAUAGCAGAUAACUAUGAUGAUGUCAUCACCGCAAGACAGAUCUCUGGGAGUGUCAUAGAGGACGUAGCAGAUUAUGAUGAUGUCAUCACUGCAGAUCAGAGCUCAGCUGUUGAAACAGAAGACAUGACAGAUAACUAUGAUGAUGCUGUUACUGCUGGACCAAACUCCAACAUUAUGACAGGAAGUGUCCUCUCUGAGGAACAGCAUUCAGGAUAUGAGGAUGUGGAUGAGGAGCUUCUCUCAGCAAAGUCUCUGACUGGAGUGAAAUCAGAAUAUGAUGAUGUCACCACCAGUGGUGAAGCAGAAAAAGACGACAUAGCAGAUAACUAUGAUGAUGUCAUCUCUGCUGGACAGAUCUCAGAGAGUGUCAUAGAGGACGUAGCAGAGAAUUAUGAUGAUGUCAUCACUGCUGAUCAGAGCUCAGCUGUUGAAACAGAAGACAUGACAGAUAACUAUGAUGAUGCUGUUACCGCUGGACCAAACUCCAAUAUUAUGACAGAUUAUCAUGAUGUGGAGGAGGAGCCUCAGACAGACAUGAAUCAUGUGAACAAGAGUGGACACACUGAGAGUUCUUCCUCAGGAAAUUACGCUGAGACUUCUUCAAAUGGAAGAAAUGAGUUUGUUUUAGAUCAGAAUUCAAUAUAUUUUAGUAACCCUAAGUACUCCUAAUUAUAGCUUUACACAUCACACAUAGAACAUAGUGGAAUUAAACACCUGCAUGUGUAUGUAUGUUUUUAACAUUUUAACUUCAUGAAAAGCAUUUUGUACCGAAAAAUUACUAGCCAUUAUAAUUUGUAUGAGCUGCUAAAUUAACCCACUGCUUGUGUUACAGACAGCUUCUAUUGUCAGUGUUGACAUUCAGAUUCAGGCAGCUCCUUAUAACUGUUUACAGAGCAGUUCCACCACAUUACUCCCCCAAUACUGCAUUAUACUGUAAAAAAUUGAUCUGGUCUUUCUCUUUCAUGCUAUUUGCAAGCCUGUAAUUAUUUUGAGA